CCCUAAAGGGCACUUGUCCCCAAUCCAGCGUUCAAGUCUUAGUGUUCUCUUUGAUUUCCUAAUUCUGGUUUCGUCCUCCUUCGAUUGUAUAGAUUUACAUGUGCUUUGCUCUCAUGUCUUCGCCAUCUUCAGCGCGACGGACAACUUCUAAUCCUCAGUAGGAUGCGGGCAAUUCCUCUCGAUGUCUUGCUAUCCUUUCCGCAGCCGAAUUAUGUGAAUCCUGACACCCGCGGCCCUGCGUUGGCUAUCGUGAACUACAUAUUCCUCGUGCUGGUCAUCGUCGUGGUUGCUCUAAGGAUUUACACGCGCUUAAUAGUCAAGAGAUGGUUUGGAACGGAUGAUGUCUUCAUGGCACUGGCACUGAUCUUCGCUAUCGGACUCAAGACAGUGGUGCUUCUCGCAAACCAGAGAUACGGCUGGGACCGCCAUGUCUACGACAUCCCUCUCGACUGGAUCGCGUCCACAGCGAAGAUCGCCAUGGCUGCUAAGAUUCUCUUCACUUGCGCUGCCAGCUUCACGCGCCUAUCUCUGCUCUUCUUCUACUACAGGCUGGUGAAGGAUACAGAUAAGAAAUGGUUCCAUUGGUCUAUUCAUGCCAACGUCGCUUUUACGAUCGGCAUCUUUAUAUCAUUCAUAUGUCUUGCAAUCUUUCAGUGCAAGCCGAUUUCAAAUUAUUGGUCUCCUCCAAACACAUGCAUGGACGAAGGCGUUGUCACUCUCAUCGCCGGAAUCCUAAAUUGCAUCGCAGAUCUCUUCUGCACAAUCCUACCAAUCCCUCUAGUCGCUCGGCUCGAGAUGCCGCAGCGCCAGCGAAUCGCCGUCGUGAUACUCUUCAGUUUCGGCUUCAUAGUCACAAUCGCAGGCAUCGUACGCACAUGGUACAUCUACAAGAGUCUGAUCGAGGAAUACGACAUUACGUGGUAUUCGUACCCGCUAUGGAUCGCUGCUGCUGUGGAGAUUGACCUGGGAGUGAUUUGUGCUUCAGCUCCCGUCCUCCGACCACUCCUCUCAAAACUCCCAUUCACAGUCUCGUCGAUUGCGUCAAGGAUAUCCGCGCACAAGGCGAGUUCGAAGGGCUACACGGCCAACACAUCAGCGGACGGAGACGACUCAAAUGGCACCACGCCAGCGGGCAGCCAGAACAAAUCGGCCCUUGAUUCGAAGCGACGAUCUGGACGUAUGGCAAUGUUUGGUGGGAAGUUACGCGAGGAGCAUGAACUGCAAGAUUUGAAUGACGUCGAACGGGGAAAGCCGAGGGGAAAGCCGAGUACGGAGAGCCAGGAUGCUAUCCUCGAUAAUGUGAGGAGGCAGAAUUUGAGGUGGCAGACGAAGCAUCCGCUUACUGCUGUUGAAAACAGUAAUGAAUUGUCAGGAGCGGGGGGUUCUGCGCUGCAUGGUAUUAUGGGUGGAGAGAGGAGUUUCCAGACCGUUGGUGCUGUGCAUCAGGCUCGAUGAUGAUAGUGUUGUGGUUGCAAGCUUACAGAGAGCGCAAGUAUGUCAUCGACAUGCAUCAUGCACUAACAAAUAGAUUUGAGAUCAUAUCCAAAAAGAGCUGGACGGCGUUUGGGAAAAGGAAACGGGACCAUUUGCUUGCAAGACAUUCUUCGAUAUCUAGAUCAAUCCCGAUUUGUCGCUUUGGGCGAACAAACACGAGGGACUGAACCACACACUCAAGCGUCGAAGAGAUAUGUACAGUAUGUAUAUAUGUACACUACAACAACACGAUAACUAUUAGUUAAAUGCAACACACUGCACCAUCCAAUCCAACACCUCGCUCUUCCACCCGUUCGCCCAAUACAACCGCAACGGAACGUUCCUCCUGCGGCCUCCUCUGCGGCCCUUAUCACCAACACGUCCAUCACAGACAGAAUUACCGCAUAAUCACAUCUCUCUCCCCUCUUUCCUCACAAUUCCCCCUUGUUCGUG